GUCAUGGCAUGACAAGAUGAUUUGUCAAAAGUCAGCUGUUAAGAAGUGAGAUUUGUAUUGUAUGAAAACGGAAUUUAUUGAUUUCUUUAUUAUUGUGCGCGUAUUUAGUGUAUCUUAUAUAAAGUUAGAGUUAAAGUUAAUAGUAUUAAAUAAGUAAUAUAACAGAUAAUAAUAAUAGGUUUAUAUAGGACUUUCAUUUGACAAGUGAUUCAAGAAAGUCAGAAUCAUCAAGGAAAAUCUUGACAAAAAUCAGAAUAAGGAAACAUGGCAUUCAAGUUAAAUUACAGUUUUGAAGGCAUUUCUAAAACUAAGCCUGAACAGAAUUUAUCUGGAGCCAGCAAAAAAUUAACAAAGGAUGUAUUGUUACAGAAGACUCAUGAAGAAAGAAGAAAACGGCAAGAGCAAAGACUCAAAUUACAAAGUGCUGAAUUGUUGCAGUCUCACAUUCGUAGUUAUAUUGUGAGAAAACACAAAAAAGAUCAAGAAAGGCAGCUGUUUGAUGUAAUUGAAAACACAGCAGGAAUACAAGUUGUUUUAUCAAAGUUACUAUUCUUUUACUACCCAAAAGAGGAUCGAGAAAGGCUUCUUCGCAUUGCGGAAAGACUUCUAAAUAUUCAAGCAGACGUGAUUCAACAAAUAAAUGCGGACAAAUCGUUUGCGUGGUUAAUUAAACGGUUUCUGCUUUUAUGUCUGAAAAAUAUUCAAGAUAACCAAGAUAGUAUGGUGUUGAUGAAAUGCUUGUAUAUUUUUACAGUUGAUGGCCAUACGUUCAGUUAUCUUGUAUCCAAAGAUUACUAUGGCCACCUUAAAAGACUCUUGGAGAGUAGCAACAACUAUUUACAAGAAACCAUUGUUCUCAUCCAAAAACCAUUCAAAUUUAUGCAUGAAAGCGACUAUUUAAGUAAUUUGGUGCUCUCUGAAUUUUGUACCAAUUUCUUGAUACCAUCGUUGACUCACAAUGUGAAGCAUGUUCUUGUUCCGUACAUAAGAAACCAACCAAAAGAAUUUCCAUUUGAAAGAUUAAUCCGGUAUCUAAAUACAGGAUUUCAUUUUGGGAACAGUCAUAGUUUGCUUUAUUGUACACUGGAAUUGGAACCUGAUGAUUAUGAACCCAACAGUGACAGUGUACAAGUGUUGUCGAAGCUAAGUGCCAAUUUGUAUGAGCUAAAACCGACCUGUGAUUUAACAGUUGAUGACAGCGAUGAUGAAGAGGAAGAAGAUCCAGUAAAUACAGAAAAACGUUUGCUACUUUCAGAAUAUUUGAAAAUAUUAAACAGAUCUGACAAAGUUAGAAAAUGGAUUAAUUUCUUUCUGAAACACAACCAUGACGAAAGUGUUUUGAUGGCUUUUACCAAUUUGUGUCACAACUUGUUACUGGUGUACAAGGAUUCUAUGAGGAAAUAUCUUUUAUUGUAUAAGUUUGGACUUAGCAGUACAUAUUUAAAACGGCUCUGGGCAUAUUUGAACAAAAAUAACACAGGACAAUUUGAAACCAAGAUAUCAUCGUUUAUAGCUUGGAGAGAAUACCAUACAACUUUAUCAGUUUUCUGUGAUAUGUUUACUUUCUAUACUGAAACUCUAACAGAUAGUGAAACCUCAGAUACGAGUCAUACAUUCACCCAAAGCGACCUAUUGUCAAUGUCAAAAUUGCUGAAGAAUGUAGCGAGAGGAUUAAUCGAAGUAGCAUUUCCGAUGUGUCGAUCCAGCUCGAUUCCAUCAACGCCGGAAGUCCAGCAUUUGUACAGGGCCUGCCUGAACUGCGUUCGUAUGCUAUACACAUUGGACUUGCGGAAAAAGUUUUGUCCAAUUGGUUUUUGGACAAGCGAUAAGAUGCAUAUACCGCCCGAUCUGGCUCGGAAGGACUAUUUGUCGAAGAAAAUAUCGUCGUUUUAUGGAGCCCGCAAUGAAGAAGAUGAUCAUUUGCCACCUCUGUCUACGAUCGAACAACGUUCCUUAGCGGUACUAGAGGAGCUUCCGUUUUUAGUUAAUUUCAACACAAGAUUUUUAUUGCUCAGAGACUUAUGUAGGAACAGUUUGGGAGAGGACGAUUAUCAAAGACUACACCACGAACUGAUGCAUGAAAAUGUAGUAGCCAUAAGAAGGACUCACAUAUACGAAGACGCCUUUGACAAAAUUUCACAAAAAAGUGAAUUGGACCUGAAACACAAACUUAGAAUAAAAUUCAUUAACAACGUUGGAUUAGAAGAAGCGGGAAUAGACGGAGGAGGUAUAUUUAAAGAAUUCCUGAAUGAAGUCCUAAAAACCGCUUUUGAUCCAAACAGAGGAUUCUUUUUAAUAACAGCCGACUAUUCUGUAUAUCCUAAUCCAAAUGUUCACCUUAUAGUGGAUAAUUUCACAGAUCAUUAUUAUUUUAUAGGAAGGCUGGUUGGGAAAGCAAUAUUCGAAAAUAUUUUAGUGGACCUUCCAGUAGCAGAAUUUUUUUUAGCGAAAUUAUUAGUAGAUAGAGCACCUGCUCAUUAUUUAAAAUCAUUAGAUCCUGUAUUGUACAGAAAUCUACUCUAUUUGAGAGAUUACAAUGGCGAUAUAAGCGAUUUAGGUUUGGAUUUUACUACUGUAAAUAACGAUCUGGGUGAAACCAGGGUGAUGGAGCUCAAACCAAACGGAGCCAACAUUCCCGUGACAAACGAAAAUAGAUUAGAAUACAUUCAGAGGUUGGCAGAUCUGAAGUUAAACAGUCAGUUACGAAGACAAUGUACAGCAUUUAGAGAUGGCAUCAAUAGCGUUGUACCACUGACUUGGUUGAAAUUGUUCAGUCAUACAGAACUGAAAGUUAUUAUUGGUGGUGAUACGAAAGAAAUUGAUACUGUCGACUUAUGUGCUAACACUGUAUACGGAGGAGACUUUACUGCAGAUCAUGUAACUAUUAAAUUAUUUUGGAAGAUAGUUCAUAAAUUCACAGAAGUUCAGAAGGAGCAACUACUUAAAUUCGUAACCAGUUGUUGUAGGCCACCUUUACUUGGAUUUAAGGAACUGAACCCCUCAUUUUGUAUUCAGUCUUCGGGAACUGAAAAUCGAAUGCCUACAGCUAGUACCUGCCUCAAUUUACUGAAGAUUCCUAUUAUCACCGACGAAGAAGUUUUAAGAAAUAAGCUAAUAGCUGCUCUGGAACAUCAAGCUGGGUUUGAACUGUCUUAAUUGUUAAAUACUUUUUUUGUUAUUUUAUUUAAAUAAAUUCUAUAAUUUU